CCUCCGCCGGUCCGUCUCUGUGAUGCUGCGCAGCGGCGGGUACGCGCAAUUACGCAAUCCCCCCCGCCUGUCCCGAGACUAUAAACGGAUCAGCGUCUGCCAGCCUCUCCGGUCCUGAAACCGACCUGACAGCUGCCAGCUCCCAGACUCUCGUUUAAGUCCAGUCCCACUUCCGCCACCAUGGGAAAGGAGAAACUCCACAUCAACAUAGUCGUGAUCGGACAUGUCGACUCCGGCAAAUCAACCACCACAGGCCACCUCAUCUACAAGUGUGGCGGCAUCGACAAGAGAACCAUCGAGAAGUUUGAGAAGGAAGCAGCUGAGAUGGGGAAAGGGUCAUUCAAGUACGCCUGGGUGUUGGACAAACUAAAGGCAGAGAGGGAGCGCGGCAUCACCAUCGACAUCUCUCUGUGGAAGUUUGAGACCAGCAAGUAUUACGUGACCAUCAUCGAUGCGCCGGGCCACAGGGACUUCAUCAAGAACAUGAUCACCGGGACCUCCCAGGCUGAUUGUGCUGUCUUGAUCGUGGCGGCUGGCGUCGGUGAGUUCGAGGCUGGCAUUUCCAAGAACGGACAGACCCGCGAACAUGCCCUGCUGGCUUACACUCUUGGGGUGAAGCAGCUCAUUGUGGGCGUCAACAAGAUGGACUCCACGGAGCCAAACUACAGCCAGAAGCGCUACGAAGAGAUUGUGAAGGAAGUGAGCACCUACAUCAAGAAGAUCGGCUACAAUCCCGACACCGUUGCCUUUGUGCCCAUUUCUGGCUGGAAUGGAGACAACAUGCUUGAGCCCAGUCCCAAUAUGACCUGGUUUAAAGGAUGGAAGAUCAAUAGGAAGGAAGGUAACGCAUCAGGCACCACACUGCUGGAAGCUCUGGAUGCCAUCCAGCCGCCGACUCGUCCAACAGACAAACCCCUACGUCUUCCCCUGCAGGAUGUCUACAAAAUCGGAGGUAUUGGAACAGUCCCUGUAGGUCGUGUGGAAACGGGGAUACUAAAACCUGGCAUGGUGGUGACCUUUGCCCCCGUCAAUGUGACCACUGAGGUGAAAUCUGUGGAGAUGCAUCACGAGGCUCUAACUGAGGCUCUUCCUGGAGACAAUGUGGGCUUCAAUGUCAAGAACGUGUCUGUGAAGGAUAUCCGCCGUGGGAAUGUGGCUGGCGACAGCAAGAAUGACCCCCCGCAGGAAGCUGCCAACUUCACUGCUCAGGUGAUUAUUCUCAACCACCCAGGCCAGAUUAGUGCAGGUUACGCUCCUGUGCUGGACUGCCACACUGCUCACAUUGCCUGCAAGUUUGCAGAGCUGAAAGAAAAGAUUGAUCGUCGCUCAGGGAAGAAGCUCGAGGACAACCCCAAGUCUCUGAAGUCAGGAGAUGCCGCUAUUGUAGACAUGAUUCCAGGGAAGCCCAUGUGUGUUGAGAGCUUUUCCGAGUACCCUCCACUGGGUCGCUUUGCAGUUCGCGAUAUGCGCCAGACCGUUGCUGUUGGCGUGAUCAAGGGGGUGGAGAAGAAAGUCUCCACCACUGGUAAGGUCACCAAGUCUGCUCAGAAGGCCCAGAGGAACAAAUGAAUGUUGUGCUGCUCUGCCGACCACAAGGUCUCCCAAGGCAGGACAUCCAUCAUCCAACUCCAUCCAACCACUGGCCGCUUCAAGCUAAUAAUCAAAGACUGGUUAAUCAUCACAAUGCAUCGCAAAAGCAUCCGAAGGAAAGAAGUCAUAUAGAUCUUUAGAUGUUGAGGAGAACCUCCUGAUUCCAUCGCUGUUAGAUCAUCAUUCUGUACAAUGUGAUACAAGAAAAAAGCUGCUUUCACUCGUUGGUUUGGUUCAGUAUAACCCUCUGUGAUGUUGACACACUCAUCCUAGCUCUUUGGAGUGCUGCUCCCGUUCUUGUUACAUGUUGUCCUGCUGUGAAUGUUUGCAGUUAUUUAGUGCCCUGUAGGAGCCAGUGAUGAAAAGACCAAACUGUGCUCUUCAGAGCUGUGGAUUAGUGUCGUGUUUAAGCUUUAAAAACCACUUGAAACAAAAGGUCAGACUUUGUCCUGCUUCAGGACUCAAAAUAGACUACCUGAUGAAUCUUUGAGCACUUUGAUUGGCAUUUUGCUAACUUCGCACUUUCACUGGAGAACAUUGAAUUGGUAUAAAGCUACUGCACCUUAUGAGAUGGCAUGAGCCUCUUUGCAACAUUAAACAUAUUUGAAUCUUC